AAUUGAUAAAAAUGUUUAAUGUGUUUAAUCUCUUCUCUGUUUUAUAGAUAAAGAGUUAUCGAAAAUCUUUCGUUAAAAAUUGUAUCUAAAAAGCAAAAGCAUACGUCUGUAAAGUAUAUCGACUUAUUUUAGAAUCACUCCGUAUAUUUCCCGAUUACAAGUAUGUUUUGCGAUAAGUAUAUAAGAAAGGCAUAUCGUGACCGAUAUGCGCUAUAUUAUGUCACAGCGUAUUUUUUCGCGAUUCAUCGUUACAGCGAAAUCUCGAAUAUCGAUGACCGCAAGGUGCAGUGACGCGCGGUGAUGGAUGCAUCAGCGGGACCAAAGCACCGGCAUUUACCACAGUCGUUUGAAGACCGAAAGAAAUCCGAGGGAUGUCCAGGCUACAGCCUCGACUACUGCUGAAAGGAGAAGAGAGAAAUCACGAUCGCAAGAGAGCGAGACGGAAAAGAAGAAGACUACGUGAAGAUUAGAUCCUCAGGAUGAAUAUAGGUGGGAUUGGAUUUGGCAGACGCGCGCGCGGUUCGUUGGCGGUAGAUGCCGAUGAUGCGAAGGAGUAGGACAAGAAGAAGGGGCAAGAGGGUGGAGUUUAGUUGGUGUCCGGACGAUGCGGAGAGGCCGCAGAAGGGACACUCGGAGUAGGGUACAGGAGAGUAUAGAGAGAAAGGCACAGGGUAGAGCAAGAUGGGGUGAGCAGAGAAGAGAGAAGAGAGGCCGUAAGUGACAGAACGGUGGUGGGUAUAGGUGAACUGCUGGACAACACCGAACUACCCGAACUCCACUCGGCGGUAUUUAAGGGAGAGCCGCGAGCGUAGCGCGCCAGUUGUUAACACUGCCGGUCGGUGGUUGGUUUCCGCGGAUUGACACUCGCUGGAGCGUCGAGUCGCGUGGCAUCGAUGAGUCAAGUGAAAAUAUGCGGGUAAACUAAAAGAGAUAAAUAUAAAUUCAAUCAAUGAUUUUAAAAUAAAUAAUCUCGAUAAAAACGAGCUCGAAAAAUUAUUUAACGAGGUAAACUUGAGAGCCACGUGAUCGUUUAUCGCGCGCAUCCCACGUUCGCCGAUUCGUCGCGAUAUUCUCUUCCGUGAUAAAAAGAUACGAGCGUAAACAAGUGCAAAAAAUAGAGUGAAUAUAUGAGGUAUAGUUUCUCUCCAAAUCGGCGCGACGACGUUAUGUGAGAAUACACAUAUGGCAUUACUUGAAUCCUUCGUACUUGAAGAUCGAGAGAAUUUGAUAUCUUUGAAUCUUGGAUGGUACAGAUGAUGAGCGUUUCAAAGAGGUACUACCCGAUGCUGCUGCUGUUGGCAUUGGGAUUGAUUUUCAGGCAAUCGUCCGUCGGCGCUUACCUAUCACGAGAAGGUACAUAUUUUGCACGAUCGAAUGUUUCGUCCGAAUUGACCGGGACGUCUUCCAGUCGCGGCAUCUCGGUCAUCAGGAUCUCGUCCGAUGAGCGAUUGGAGCGGAUCAUUUGGUGUUCCGGAGCUUGCGCCAAGGAGACCGUUGUCAAUUGGGGAAACACGGACGUGAUGCUGCGACAGGUUUGGCUUCGGGAGUCAAGCAGAAAGCUGCAAUUGAUAUAUGCCGGCGAAACUUUGACCGACUGCAUUGACGAGAAGCUCGCACGGUGGGAUGACAGCGAGUGUUUGCCCAGCUCUCGCCGCGUCUAUCACUAUCACGAUGACGGUGACGAGGUGUCGAUCGAGGUAUUCCAACUGGACGGCAAGGACGCUUCGAGGAUACCCCGCGAUCUCUCUUGGCUAUUGUCGUCAUCGGAGCUUCAUUAUCAGUGCGAUCGCGUGAGAAUGCGAGUACGAAGUCAAGUCGCGGCUCAAAAUCGACAUAGGAAAUAUUCGAGCUCGACAAACGCGACGGCAAACAUCGGAAAAAAACGAGGCCGAAAUCGGACCCGAAGAGAGCUAUUCAUGAUACCGGGGACGCAAUGGUGCGGCCGAGGUGACCGCGCUACCAAAUAUACCAAUCUGGGCGGCUUCGGGGUGGCCGACGCCUGUUGUCGAAAACACGACACAUCCUGUCCCUUUCACAUACCGGCAUUCGAGACGCGUUACGGCGUUUUCAAUUGGAGAAUAUCGAGCAUGAUGCAUUGCGCUUGCGACGAGCGAUUUCGCACAUGUUUGAAAAUGGCCGGGACUGCGUCAGCGGACUUUAUAGGCAAGAUCUUCUUCGAUGUGCUGCAAUCAAAGUGCUUUAUUUUGAAACCGCAAAAAGUGUGCGUGAAGCGGACUUGGUGGGGCAAAUGUCAACAUCACGAAUAUCGAAAACAAGCUCACGUACGGGAUAAUGUUCCUUACUAAGGCUGUAAAACGUAAGAGAUCGUGAGACGCGUAAAGAGAUAAUGAAAUAUCCUUCUUCCGGAGAUGUCAAUAGCAGUUCUCAGGGAUGUAAUAUUUUAUCGAAUAUUUAUAAUAUAUCAAAGAAAAAGACGAAAAAGGAAAAAAUCGAAUCGAUUAUUAAAUCGAGAUAUAUCGCCAAAGGUACGAUUGACAAUAUAUCGUAAUAUCUUUAAUACGGAGAAGCGUUAUUAUAUAUUAAGUUUGCCGAUAAUCAUAUCAGACAUUUUCAAUUAAAACGUUCAGAAGCGAAGAGAAUGCAUUUACAAGUAUACGUGAACAUAAUUUUCAGCUUAGGCUCAUAGAUGUCUUCUUCUCUACAAAAUAUUGCUUGCUAUAUUUCUCUGGGGCAUAUUUUUUAUACUACAAUAUACUACAAUAUACUAAAAAGAUAUAAUAAAAAGAAAAA